AUGCUCACCAUCAAGCUCGUUGUCAUUGGGGCGUCCGGUGUCGGCAAGACGAGCCUUCGUGGCCAGUACAUCUCCGGCCAAUUUUCCACCGGAUAUCGUGCCACUAUCGGCGCAGACUUCAUUUCCAAGACUCUCCCACACCCACGGAUUGCAGGAGAGUCAAUAACGUUGCAGAUCUGGGACACAGCAGGCCAGGAACGCUUCUCGAGCCUGUCGUCGGCGUUCUACAGGGGCGCAGAUGCGGUGAUCCUGAUGUUCGAUGUCAACAAGCCCGAGACGCUGUACGCCCUGCGCAAGUGGUGGUCUGACUUCUGCGAGCGCGCGCCGCUGGGGGAGGAGGAUAUGGAGGGCUUCUGCUGCGUUGUUGUGGGGAACAAGAUGGAUUUGGUCGGCACGGAGCACGGCGCGCCUGACGCUGUGCCCCCCGACCGCACCUGGGAUCUCAUCCACGAACUGAUGCCGUCGCUGUUCCGUCCCCCGUCUCCACCACACGACCACCCCACCACUGAUCCCAUAAUAGCCACCCAACUAUCUGAAGACCCCAUGGAUAUCGGUGAAGGCGACGAAAGGGAUGAUGGGCGAUCGCCGCACACGCCUUCUGAGUCCAUAGCGAUCCGUUCCCGCGCCCAGCGCCGCAUAUCCCUCUCCCCGAAGCGCGGCUCCCUCCGCUCCCACUCCCGUGCGUCGUCUCGCUUCUACACCGGCACGAUGACGACCGUGAACACCAUGCACUCCACCGCCACGAUCUACCACACGCCUGCCUCGUCCAUCUCCAACGACAUUUUCCACUCCGCGCGCACGUCCCCCGAGCACUCCAUCUCCUCGUCGUCCGUGUCCCUCCCGCUGCGCGCGACGAGCCCCAAUUCCACGCGGUCGAGGAGGAACACGGCGUUCUCCACGUCGAGCGCCAGCUCGGACGGCGGCGCGACGAUCACGCCGAGCAUGUUUGCGCGGGGCCAGCGCAGCACGUCGACGCUCUCGUUGUCGACGACGACGCCGCAGGAUAACACGUCGCUUGGUCGUCCCUCCACACAUCCCCCGAGCCCAUUGCACGGCCCGCAGCUGUUCUACACGUCUGCGAAGACGGGGGAGGGAGUGCGGGAGAUCUUCGAGCAGGUCGCGCAGCGUGUCGUCGGGCAGUGGGAGUACGACGAGGCCAUCGAGGCCAAGCGGCUGCAUAUGCAGGAAGCAAGCACCGGUGCGAGUGAAACCAUCAAGGCGGGGCUCAAUCUGCAUCUGGGCGGGCGUUGGGGUGGACAGAAAGGGAAGGGGUCGAGCUGUUGUGCGUGA